AUGGCCCAACUGAGAUUCGCAAGGCAAAGGGCCAUCGUCUUCGUCACCUUCGUUGCCUCAAUAGGACAGUCUUUCAAUGAAAUUGCCCUGUUGUGGAGAUUGGUUGACGCGCUUUCCUUCCGUUGCCUUUGGCGAACUGCUGAACCUCAAGCCUGGCCAUGGAACACACGUGCUUUCCCCUACAGACAACCCAAGGUUAGCACUGUUUUGUCAUGCAACCCCAUACACGGCGUCGACGGCGACAUCCCCGUGCACGGCGGUGGGCGAGCCCUCUCAGCCACCCCACCCCCACCGUUUGUUUCUUUCACGAAACAUACCAGAGGAAGUCUCUUGGAGCAGCUUCCUUCGGACCUUUCCCUCCCCUCACCUUUUCCCAUUUUAGCCCAGGGAAGAAAGGAAGCGGCACCGGCGGAGAAGGCUGACUUGCUUCGUGGAGAAGCACCGGAGGCCGGCACGGCGGCAACAAAAGGCCGGCCACCGGCAAUCCACCGUCGCUGGAGCUGGAGCUGCGGCGGCAAAGACGAUGAUGCUCCAUCUGGUGGUCGCCGCUAAGAUGAAGCUGCUGGCUGGCGUUGGCCACGGGCCGUGCGCCGGGCAGCUCCUUGUGGUGUUGCUAGGGCCCUUCGUGCUGAAGCUGUCCAUGAGCAGGUAUGCGCCUGGCGGCAUGAGGGACCUCGUCCUCUCUUCCAGGCUCUUCCUCUUCCGGCUUGGCCGGAUACUCUCCCGGGAGCAGCCCGGCGCGGGGAGGUGGGAGAGAGCGCUACGACUGGUCUCUGAUAGAUUGGACGAGGCCCGGCGGCUCGAGGAGUCGUCGCCUGACGAGCCUAGCCUCCAUUUAGUAGCAAUGCUGGCGCUCUAA